ACCGCUACUGCCUCAUUCCCACCCCCUUGUCAUUGUUCUGCCACUUCUGAUGGCGGUCCGUCUUCCGAUUGGCUUAUCUCAAAGACUACUAAGCCAAUAAGAGCGAGGUUUUAAACCCCGCCUACAAAGCGAAACCUACCCUCGUUUCCUGCUGUAGUUCGUCAUUGAUAUUAGACACUUAGUAAUAGUGGGUUGUUCUUAGUGCUCGUGGUGGAAAAGUUUUUUAAAAAAAAGCGCCAAAGGAAAAUAAAAACAUUAUUAUUUAUAUAUCUAACUUGAAUUAAUUUAUUUUUUAGACCAUAAAAAACAAUGAUGCGCAUUAAUAUCGAGAAUUUUUUUAGACUUGUUUAUCUUUAGAACUUUCCAUGUAGGGACUGAUUGUUUAUCAACAAGCGAAUUCGAAAACUGGACUUACUAACAGUCGGUUACGACUGACUAUGUUGGAAUUCAACACACCAGCAACAACAGCAGCUAGCUCAAUGUUGUCCAUGCUCAAUAUCAACAUGGAGGCCUCGCGGCAGAACUUUUUAUUGGGAAACCCACCUUUAGCGGCAUUGCAUUCGAUGGCAGAUAUGAAACCAAAUGGUGUGACACCUUAUCCUAGUAGCCAGACUUUGAAGCCUUCUCCAAUGACACCAACCAGUUCCUCGGGGACGCCCCACGGUAUUAAUGACAUCCUGGGGCGGCCAGUGUGUACAUCAGCACCAGCAUUGGGAACUUUAAGCGCCCUGCCUCGACUGAGUUUAGGAAUGGGUGCUGGUAUGUACUUUGGAGGUCCGAAAAUCGGGCUUGGUGAUUUGCCGGGAAGGCCUCAUAUAUAUUGGCCUAAUGUCUUGCAAAGUCAAGCACUAUGGAGGGAUAGAUUUGCAUCUGCGGCAGCAGUUCAGAAUGCUGUAGAUAAAGAUGGAAAGAAGAAACACACGAGACCAACUUUCUCUGGGCACCAAAUCUACGUUCUAGAAAAAACAUUCGAACAAACUAAAUAUCUGGCAGGCCCUGAAAGAGCAAAGCUGGCUUAUGGUUUAGGAAUGUCAGAAAGUCAAGUAAAAGUUUGGUUUCAGAAUCGGCGGACGAAAUGGAGAAAAAAACACGCCGCAGAAAUGGCAACAGCAAAGAAAAAACACGACUCGGAAGCAGAACAAAUGCGCAACGAUGAUUGUUCUGAUCAAGACGAACUAGACUGUCGGGACAACAAACGACUGAAAAGAGAAAACGAACUCUCACAUCAUCAUCAUAACCAUCAUCGGCAACACGACGAAUCUUCGGAUAGUAUGCCGUCUACCUAGUUCUUUCCAACAAUCGAGUGAACCUAGUAGGCCAUGGUUUCCGGAAGAAUUCGCCAUUUAUGCUAUCAACACGGCCUUGUACUCGAUUUCAUUCACAUCUUGAUCUGCAAAACAAGUUGCUCUAAGUGAUGAGAAAUUUCAGUGAUAGAUGCUGUCAUAAUUAGAGUUCCUAUAUCUAAACAGAGUUACGACAAGCAGCUUUAAACUGUACAGAUCUCACUUUCUUACACCGUCUCAGAAGCUGAAUCCGGCUUAUAGUUUGUCUAAGCUAACAAACUCCUUCCGCCACAAAGUCUGAGGCCGCCUGGGGCUAUGGAAACAGGAAUGGUGCAUUUUAGGGAGGGUAGCUACACUCUAGGACUAGACAGAAGAAAGAGAUUCCCUUUCUAAUGCCGACCCGAACCGAAAUCACCCAAAAACAGUGAUCCCACACCCCUACUUGAAAUAGUCAUAUCUUGUUACCAUAGUCACCGCCACAGGUCCAGACGAGCGUCUGGGGGAGUUCUUAUUUUAGACAAACUAUAGCUGUAUUUAAUCAUGAUAGCUGUAUCGUUUUUUUUUCUUCUUCAGCUACGGUUCUAUAAACUAAUUAUAACUGAUUCAGCUCUUGGAAUGUAAAACGUUUUUCAAAAUUUUCUAUUAAAAAUGGCUUGUUAGCAAGAAAUUGAACUUUUUAAUCGAAAAUUAACAGAACAAAAUAACAAAUAACUUAAGUGUAAAAAAUAGCCAUCUUAGUUUUUAAAGGCGAAUUUUGUACGUAACGCUUAUAGUUACAUCAUAUUUAUUCACUGUAUGUCGUAGCGCUUUAAACUACGCUUAGAUAUAAGAACUCUAGUCGUAAUAAAUCACAAACAUGAAUUCUUUUCAAGUAUCGUAUGCGUGAGACGUCAUAUCUCACUACAAUUUCUCACCGCCUGUUUAUCGAAUCAACCUGAUAGUUUCAUAACAUCUCGGAUAGUUAAUGGCAUAUGAACGCACAAAUAUAACUGAAAUAGAAUCAUUCAUUAUUUUAUUUAUAAAUUGUGGAUUGAUCAAAAGCACACUAACAGUUGUUUAGUUAUGGCAUUAGGGAUAAUAAUAAAACAAUGUAUUGUUUUAUCAUUUUCCUUAAUACCAUAACUGAACAAUUAUUAGUUAUAAUCACUUAUACACUAAAAAAUAUUUUUUGUUUAAUGCCUAAAACUGAUAAAAGAAAAAAUUUUAAAAAUGGAAAGCGCAAACAUUAUAAGACAAACUAAAAUAGCUAUACUCCGUAGCAAGUAAAAAAUGCGAGUAAAAUACUCAAAGUUGUUCAUUUGUUUAGCGAAAUUUCUUUUAUCAUUUGAGAAAGAUGUGAAUUAUAUCUUUCUAAAUAUGAUCUUACUGAGAUAUUAAUCAUCUUGAUCCAUAUGAUAAUGUUCUUUUAUUAUCAUAUGCAGCAUUCCAUAAAUAUUAAUAUCCCAUAUCCCAUAUUAAUAUCCCAUAAAUAUUUUUUUUGCAAGAAUGUUUAAAAAAAUAAGCACAUAUUUUUUACCUCAUGAACGCUAAAUAAAAUAUAAUGUCGUCAGAUUUUUAUAUGAAAUCAAUUUUUAUAUUUAAUGUAGAAUUGUACCUCAUUAGGACACUUUUUGAUUUCAGAAAAUAGGAAAUCUUCAAAAUUUCUUAGAAAACCAUUUGCAAACAAAUAAACUUUAAAACUACAUAAAAUCAUUUACUUUUUCAAACUAACAAAUUGUUAAAACUAAAUAAAAUCAUUUACUUUCUACAAAUAGGAAUUCCUUAAAACUACUUUUAACUCUCUUACUUUCUACUAAUAGGAAAUACCUAAGAAUUACAUAAAAUAUCUUGCUUUCAACAAAUAGGAAAUCCUUACAACUACAUAAAAUCUUUUACUUUCUACAAAUAAGAAAUCCUUAAAACUACUUGAACUCUCUUACUUUCUAUAAAUAGGAAAUCUCUAAGAAUUAAAUAAAAUUUCCUGCUUUCAACAAAUAGGAAAUCCUUAAAACUAUAUAAAAUCGUUUACUUUCUACAAAUAGGAAUUCAUUAAAACUACUUUUAACUCUCUUACUUUCUACAAAUAGGAAAUACCUAAGAAUUGCAUAAAAUAUCUUGCUUUCAACAAAUAGGAAAUCCUAAAACUAUAUGAAAUAUUUUACUUUCUACAAAUAGGAAAUCCUUUAAACUACAUAAAAUUUCUUAUUUUCUAUAAAGAAAAUAGGAAAUCCCUUAAACUACAUAAAAUUUCUUACUUUCUACAAAUCAAAUGGGAAAUCCUUUAAACUACAUAAAAUUUCUUAUUUUCUACAAAUCAAAUAGGAAAUCCUUUAAACUACAUAAAAUUUCUUAUUUUCUACAAAUCAAAUAGGAAAUCCUUUAAACUACAUAAAAUUUCUUAUUUUCUACAAAUCAAAUAGGAAAUCCUUUAAACUACAUAAAAUUUCUUAUUUUCUUCAAAUCAAAUAGGAAAUCCUUUAAACUACAUAAAAUUUCUUAUUUUCUACAAAUCAAAUAGGAAAUUCUUAAAACUUAAUAGAAUCUCUUUUCUGCAAAUAGGAAAAGGUUACAGUGGUGAUUUCGAGUACAACAUGCUCCUAAGUGCAAUAGAAUAAAUCGAAAUGUAAAUAACAAAAUAAGAAGGAUUUUCAGUGUUGAAAACAAAAUACAGAGAACAACGUAGAAAUCUUUGAAAAAUAAGAUUUAAAUGCAUCAUAUGCUGAGCAUAUGAGUUCGGCUGGUGAAUUGUUAUGAACAUUAAGAGACUUGACAAUUCACAUAUUUCAAUUGAACAGAUGAAAAUGAACAAUUAUGCAAAUGAGAAUUAGAUCAAUUAUUGUUUCCAAGGACUGAAGAAAAUAUCCUGAUUUCCUUAAAAAAUAAUGAAGAAAUUUGUAUAAAUUUUAUUUUGUUUUCUUGUUUUCCAAACCAUGUGUAUUUAAAAGUUUGUGUUUUAUUAUAUCAUGAAAGAAGUAUAAUCGUAUUUUACGGUCCUUUUGAAUUAAUUUAAAAUUUUCUCUCUUUUGUGGGGAAAUUUAAUUCUAGUUUCACAAUUGCUUUUUAUUUCAUGCAGCAAAAUAUGAAUAUUUUAUGAUUAGGACCGUAAAAUUCAGUUAUACUUUUAAGAAAACAAGUUUAUUUCUGUGAUAUUUAAUUUUACUUAUAGAUAUUGUAUUAGUAAAUAGAUGUACAUAUAUAUGCCAAAAAUACGAGAAAAA